AGAAUGAAUCCGGGCAAUGAACCAUACGACCUUAAACAACGAACCGUCCUUGAUGUUCCUGCAGGAUUGAGGAGCGACUGGAGAAGAAAGUGUUAGUACGUCUGAUCUUCACUGAGAAGGAGGACAAAGGCACAAACUCCAGGUCAUCUUAUAGCAUCAGUAGCGUGAAAGCAAGGACCCUCGCAGUAGUUGUAGUGUGAAAAACUUGGAUUUCAUCUCUCUGCCUUUUAGAAUAGUAGAAUAGAAUAGAAUAGAAUGAAGGGUUAAUAUGAUAAAAAGCGGUGGUUGUAGCUGCAGGCGAGGGACAAAGCAGCGCUAGCCGGUUUGGGGGAACUAUCAAGACAAACGAUCAUGAUCUCACAAGCCGAAUCCUCUCUCCUUUCGUCUGAGGAAGAUGGAGUCCUAGAUAACCAUCUUGAUCAUGGUGCCAGCGAUUCCGACGCCAGGCUAUUAUCUGGCAGUGAGGGUGACCAAGGCGCGAGCUCGUCAGAUGGCCUCUCGUCUUCAACCGGGCUAAAGUCGGCGAAGAAACAACAGUCAAAAAGUAGGCUUAUUUUGCAGAGUUUCUGAUCGUGAGUAACUUUCUUUUGCCUUUACGAGUUGCAUCAAAUAACACAGAAAGCGUAGCUGUUACGGUUUCGUUUUAUAAUGCGACACGACAUAGGUUGACCAGUUUAAGAAUAUUCGGACUUCCACCUCCUAACAGCAUUCUUGUUACCACAGUCUUCUCCACUACUUCUAAUACACGGACUUCCACCUCCUAACAGCAUUCUUGUUACCACAGCCUUCUCCAUUAUGACAAGCCUUCUCCAUUAUGACAAGCCUUCUCCAUUACUUCUAUCUUGCAGGCACUGGCGACGACCCCAUAGAAGUUGCCUUUUCUACAUACGACACAUCUGGAGAUGGAUUUUUAUCCCUUGGUGAGUUGCACAGUGCCCUGGUGUCCAUUAUGGGCGCUGACGUUGUCACUGAGGACCUGGUGAGAGAAGUGCUAGCGGAGGUCGACGGCGAUGGCGAUGGACAGGUGAAUUUGGAGGAGUUUUAUUUAUGA